AUGAAGGGUCAUCCUCACUUGUUGUUUGUUUUAGCCUUGUGCUUGGCUAUAUUGUGUUGCUCUUGUUCUACUCUUCUGCAGGCACAAUCCGUCAGCGUCCGUGUUUUGAACAAGGCUAUCUAUGACAUGCUCAACGACAAGACCACAUCUCGUGGAUUUACUUCCAUCCAUCAAUCAUAUUUUGGAGAUUCCGUGAUGCACGCACCUGUUGAUAAAUGUACAACAUUUACUACUUGGCCAGCAGCUUCAGAAGCUGGUAGCGAUCCUACUUUUGCAAAUAUUUUGAGUAGAAAAUAUAUUGUUUUUGGAACGAAUAGCGUGAACAACAAUCCAAAGAGAUACAAUUAUGUCGGAGUGGGGUCAAAUUAUGGAUCUUGUACAGGAUUUGAAGCUGAUAUUGCAUCAUCUAUUGCUUAUAGAAUUGGUAUGCAAUAUACCAACAGCCCUUUCAAUGCCUAUUUCGUGAACAAUACCAAAUGGUUCAACACUUUUACUGACAACAUUAUUUAUGAUUUGCAAAUUUCUAAAUUUGACUUUAUUUUGAGUGGUAUGGGAACCAAUGCAACAUGGAAUACAACUCAAGGAUUCGUAGCUAGAUCUUCUCUUGUGGAUUUUACAUGUCCUUAUCAAAAUGAUGGAAAUGGUGUUGUAAAAGGAAAUCUUGCAACCACUGUUACAUUUAACUCUCUCAGCGAUUUGGAUCAGCCAGAAAUUACAUUGUGUGUUCAACAGGGUACUUCUAUGGAAACUGUGGCAAGACAAUUACUAAAGAAAACUAACAUUACUACUUUUGUUGAUGGAAUGUUACCUUACACACUCACUAGGGACGCUGUUACUUGCCAUGCCUACGUAGCUCCUUUAAUCAAUGGCCUAUUCCAAGCAAAAACAGAUGCUCCAAAGCUCACGUAUUUAGGUUUGAUUGGUCAAUCAUCAGACGUAUCAAUUGCAGUCAGAAAGAGCGCUGUUUCCUCGCCAAAGCGAAGCUCUGCAUCUUCGGUAGACUUCUGUUUGAUGCUUAUUCUUUGUGCCAUCUUUAGUGUGCUCGCAAUUGUUAUCUAA